AAAGACGAGAAGAUGGAGGACCAACAGAGCAACCAAGCGCCUCACGCAGCGCUGUUGAUCCCAGGACCAAUCGAGUUCGACGAUGCCGUUCUACAAGCUAUGAGCCACUUUAGGUAUUGUCGCCAUUUCACAUGGGAACCCCCCACCCCUCUUCCCACUUUCCUUUCUAUACCAAUUGCCAAGGACGGUUCUCUGACAUCACAUCUCUCUCCUCCGCAGUGAAAGCCAUGUUGGGGCUCCGUUUGUUUCCGUCUUUGGCGAGACCCUUUCCAUGCUGCGGAAGCUCUUUCAGACGACCAACCCAGCUUCUCAGCCCUUUGUUGUGUCUGGCUCUGGUACCCUGGGAUGGGACAUGGUUGCAGCCAACUUAGCAGAGCCCGGCGACGACGUGCUAGUGCUCCACUCCGGUUACUUUGCCGACUCUUUCGCCGACUGUUUUGGUGUUUACGACGUCAAUGCUACACAGUUGAAGGCACCAAUUGGCGACCGCCCUCAGCUGGCUGAGAUCGAAAAGGCCCUGCAGGAGAAGAAAUACAAGCUCAUUACCAUUACACACGUAGAUACCUCUACUGGCGUACUCAGCGACGUGAAGGGCGUGGCUGAGCUCGUCCAUCGUGUAUCCCCCGAAACGCUGAUUGUCGUGGACGGUGUAUGCAGCGUUGGCUGCGAGGAGAUUCGUUUCGACGAAUGGGGACUCGAUGUCAUCUUAACAGCGAGUCAAAAGGCAAUUGGAUGCCCAGCAGGUCUGAGCAUCCUGAUGACUUCUGGCCGCGCCAUUGAGACGUUCAAAACACGAAAGACGCCACCUGGAUCGUAUUUUGGAUCGUUUAAGAAUUGGCUACCUAUCAUGCAAAAUUAUGAAGCCAAGAAGCCGUCGUACUUUGCUACUCCUUCGCCCCAAUUGAUCCGGGCGCUACACACAUCACUCUCUCAGAUCCUCUCUCGGCCACUCGAGGAUCGGUUCGCCGUACACGCAGCCACUUCCCAACGCAUCAAGAAAGCCAUUUCGGAGCUUGGUCUCAAACAACUCGCAGAAAAGCCUGAGAACCAAGCAAAUGGCAUGACGGCAAUCUACUUGCCCGAGGGCAUCCCCGCGCCGCUGGUCCUCGGCGCUCUUCUUAAGCAGGGCGUCAUUUUCGCAGGUGGUCUGCACAAGGCCAUUGCACCAAAGUAUAUCCGCUUUGGACACAUGGGUGUCAGUGUAGUAAGUUUUGUCGUACCCGUUCUAGUCUCAUCCUUUCUAUUUUCAUUUCAAAUUUUUUCAAUUUUUUUUAUUAUAUUUCCUUUUGCAUAUUCGUUCUUAUGGUGCCUGGAUCAUCAAGGCUGACACAUGUACGCAUCCACAGACGGACCCUAAGAGGAACGAUAUUGACAAGGCAAUUCACGGCCUGAAAGUCGCAUUGAAUGAUGCAGGAUGGCGACC